GCCAAGGAGCGGCGGCCAUUUGUAAACAAUGAUCGUAAUCCGUCCAUGAUUUAAACAUGGCGUCUUGUAUGGUAAACUGUUUGUAAUGUUCCUCGCGGAUUCCCCGUGAAUAUCAGACGUGUCCAUGGAUGUAAAGAGAGAACUAUGUCGGUCGAUAGUGGUACUGACCUGGAUCACAGUCGCCAUAGCAGUCGAUAUAGAGUAUAUGUCGGCUUCCUGUACCACUAUGGGUUCGACUGUCACACAGUCCCGGAUGUUAGAGUCGAGUUCAGCCCUGGUGUAUAAUGACGAUAUGAACUGUGUUUAUACUGCCUCUGUGUCGGAUAGCCGUUACAACAUACUCGUCGUGUUUAGUCGGUUUGACCUUGAGGAAAAGUCCAGUGGCACUUGUCUGGACUAUGUCAACGUGUACGACGGCAGCUCGGUGUCGGCUCAAGUUCUCAACACAGAACCUCUAUGUGGCGCCGCGUUACCUAGUAACUUGGUCUCAACCGGAAGUCAGGUGACCAUUGAGUUUGUGACAGACAGCAGUGCGGUUCUCAUGGGAUUCGGAAUCAUCUUUACUGAAAUAUACAAUGGAUCAUGUUCUUCCACGGAGUAUGGUUGUAGUAACGGGUUCUGUGUGAAAUCUGACCUCAGGUGUAACCACUACAGUGAGUGUGGAGACGGUUCGGAUGAGGACUCGUGCACCACCGAGGAGCUGUAUGGUCCAGGGGCAGAUAACACCGCAUUGAUAGUCGGCCUGACACUUGGUGUCCUAGCUCUGGUGGUUCUGGGAGUGAUCGUCGGAAUUUUCAUCUACAGACAAUACAGAUGGCGUCGCUUCCUCAAAGAUCCGUUACCAGCUUUGAAGAAAUGGAACACGAGCAGCAACUACCCAGUGACCCGAAAAUACUACAAACAGGGUUUCACUAACACUGGGUAUCAAAGCAUCGAGACGCGUUCGCCGACUUCACAACCCUACAAAGACUUCGAGGUCGAUGGCGCCAACCUUGGUAACAGUAAAAAAGAAGACCCACUGGCCUUCACUCCCUCGGAACCUACAGAGAAAGUCUUGUUUAGUAGACCAGGAACAUCUAACGUAUAGGACAUACUGAGAACGAGGCUGACCGGAAGUAGUUAUAACCUGCAACUGAAAUAUAUAAUAUCCACUCAAGACUUUCUUAGAAAACUGUUUCCGGGUUGUUGAUCAACAUUGUUUGUUUCAUUAUUUUCAUAUACAAAUGUAGAUAUACAAUCUCUGUACAUUAGUCAGUGACGUCACGGUCACGUGUAUUGCCAGAUGUAUUGAUGUUACCACCCAUUUACCUGGAGUUAUAUUGUGUUUCUGACUUUAUCCGUCCUUGAGUUAUCGUAUGUCGAUUAUUUCUAUGCAUUGUCUUAUUGACAAGGAUUGUGUAAAAACAAGAUAUAUUUGGCAGCAUAGCACAUGUGUAAGUGAUAUAUAUGUAAGCCGUCCAUCGCCAGAUGUAAAAGAAAAAGUAAAAGUAAAAGAUUUUUAACCUAUGUUUUACGUGAUUAAUCUAGAUUGCCAUACAUAUGCCUCCUCGACAUUUCAUUGACUGCUGUACGCAUUAACAAUGUCGCAUUUAGUUUAAAUAUAACUUUUUGACAACAUAAACUAGUUUCCUUGGUCAAACUAAAAUUUAAUGAAGAGUUUCCUGUCCAAUAGUUUAUCUGGGUUUGCUUUUCAGGUAAAACCAUCUAGCUGUGUCGUCAUUACUUUAAAUUGUUACCGGACAUGUUUGAUUGAGGAGGAUUUGUUUUGUUGUUAGUAAACAGUAGACAUUGUAUAUUAUCUCAAAUCAACUUUCUU